AAAAAAAAGAAAAAACAAAGAAAAACCAAAAGAGAUAUUGAGAGCUCGUUGCUUACUUCCCGGCACCGGCCGCCCCUCUCCGUGGUGCUGAAGCGGCUCCCGCCGCCCCCGAGGGUGCGGGCCGUGCGCCGAGAGCCCGCCCUGCAUCCUCCGCCCCUGCAUCCCCUGCUGCUGCUGCAUCCCCCAUUCCCGCAUCCCUCGUCCCUGCAUCUCCCGCCCCUGCAUCGGUGGCCCCUGCAUUCGGCCCCUUCCCUGCCUCCCCCAUUCCUGCAUCCCCCGCUCCUGCAUCCGCUCCCCCCGCAUCCGCCGCCGCCGCUGCGGCUCCAGCGCCGGGCGGGCUCCGGCGGGGCUCCAUGGCGGAGCGCGGGCCCUGAGGCGGCGGCGUGGGCGGCAUGGAGGCGGACUUCGCCGCCUUCGGCAGCCCGCUGUGCGGCGAGGUCAAGCGCUUCUGCCGGCGGGUGCGGGAGACGUACCGGGAGAUCCAGGAGGACCUGACGCCCUACAAGGAUGAUCGCUACUACCGGCUGGCCCCGAUGCGAUUGUAUACACUGUCCAAAAGGCACUUUGUUCUGGUCUUUGUAGUAUUCUUUAUUUGUUUUGGUCUGACAGUCUUCAUAGGAAUAGCAGGUCCUAAUGUAAUUGAAACUUCUGUAGCAAGAACUGACUUAAAUAACAGCCUAAAGCUGAAGCCCUUUAAUUUAAGUUCACCACCACUGUCAACUUACAACCAGCAGCUGUGGCUGACCUGUGUGGUUGAACUGGAUCAGCAUGAUGUAUCCCUCAAGAAGAAUGUGACUAUGACAGUGAGAGUCCUGGGAGUGGUGAAGGAUGGAAGCACACCAUACGUUAACAAUCAAGUUCACAAUCGGACGAGGUUACUCAGCUGUGCACAAAAAUGCAGUGAAAUCAUUGUUGCUCACCUGGGCUACCUGAACUACACUCAGUACAACAUAUUUGUAAGCUUUGAAGAUCUGAACAAGUUAACAUACACCAUCCAGAAUAUUACUUUCACAUGGAAGACCUAUAAUCCAACCUUUUCACAAGUGGAAAUAUGGUUCCGAUUUGUCUUUGUGGUUCUUACUUUUAUGGUCACGUGUCUCUUUGCACAUUCGCUGCGGAAAUUCUCCAUGAGAGACUGGGGUAUUGAACAGAAAUGGAUGUCCAUCCUACUUCCUCUCUUGCUGCUUUACAAUGAUCCAUUUUUCCCCCUUUCUUUUCUGGUGAACAGCUGGUUUCCUGGAAUGCUGGAUGAUCUGUUCCAGUCGCUGUUUCUGUGUGCAUUGUUGUUGUUCUGGCUUUGUGUUUACCAUGGUAUAAGAGUACAGGGGGAAAGAAAGUGCUUAACUUUCUAUCUGCCCAAAUUCUUUAUUGUUGGACUGCUGUGGCUGGCCUCUGUUACUCUGGGAAUAUGGCAAACUGUGAAUGAAGUACAUGACCCUACCUAUCAAUACAGGGUUGACACAGGUAAUUUCCAGGGAAUGAAAAUCUUCUUCCUUGUGGUGGCAACCACAUACAUUCUCUACCUUUUGUUCCUGAUAGUGAGGGCAUGCUCAGAACUUCGAAACAUGCCUUAUGUUGAUCUCAGGUUAAAAUUCUUGACUGCAUUAACCUUUGUAGUGCUUGUCAUUAGCAUUGUUAUACUCUACCUACGCUUUGGAGCACAAGUUCUACAGGACAACUUUGUUGCUGAGCUGUCAACUCAUUAUCAGAACUCAGCAGAAUUCUUAUCAUUUUAUGGGUUAUUGAACUUUUAUCUCUACACAUUAGCCUUUGUGUAUUCUCCCUCGAAAAAUGCACUGUAUGAAUCACAGUUGAAAGACAAUCCUGCUUUUUCUAUGCUGAAUGAUUCAGAUGAUGAUGUGAUUUAUGGGAGUGACUAUGAAGAGAUGCCUCUUCAGAACGGCCAAGCUAUUAGAGCCAAGUAUAAAGAAGAGUCAGACAGUGAUUGAUUGACUGGUUUCAAUGCAGACAGACUUGUGCAUCUGGAGUUCAUCCAGUUCUGAAGUUUUCCUUGUUGGAUAACUUCUUUGAGUUCCUACAGUCUGCUAUCAUCUGAACACCAACUCCCAGGAAGGACAUCCUGUUUCUCUUUCUGUUUACAAGGAUAAAACUGAGAAAACAAGUGAUGGAAAUGGUUGUGGUGAAAACUGAAGAAUCCAAAAUUUUUACAUGUCUUAUAAAAUGCCUAAUAGCAGGAUGUCUGUGGACUAAAAUCUUUGUCUAUUUCUGUUUUAAAGUCUCACAGAUUGUAUACUGCGUUUCAAAUUGCUUCCUUGCUGCUCGGUUUUGGCUUUUUUUUUGUUUUGUUUUAUUUUCUUUUCUUUUUUCUCUUUAGGAUGAUGUACAGCAUACUGCCAUUCAUCUCUUGCAUUUUGCAUUAGCUGUUUUGUAUUCUGUCCACCGUGGUAUGAAGUGCCUCAUUUCCCUUUCAGUUUUCUACCUUAGCCUUUUGAGCUGGAGGCAAGGAAUGAAGUGUUUUGUUUUGUUUUUUUAUCAGUGCAAGAAGACACUUUCUAUUCUUCCUUCAAAUAAGUGAUACAGACUUAAGGCCAUUUUUAAAAUACGUGUCAGUAAGUUUACUGGAUUUAGAAGUGCAAGAUACGGGCAAAUAGGCAAGUUGUAGUGGGCCAAAAUAUUCUCAGUGGUGCAAAAUUAUUUGUAUAAUUAUGUGUUUCAUGACAUGCUUUACUGCUACAGCAGAAGUGUCUCUGUUGUUUUUUUUAAACAGCCAUUUCAAAUCGAAAUGCUUCAGCCACAACAGAUCUCAGAAGGAUGCCAGUACUGCCUUUUUCCUGGUCUUCUUGUAUGCUGGAGGAGAUUGACACUUACAGAGAAUAGAGUGUGAAAGUUUUUUAAGGAAUUACAGUUUCAAAUUUCCACACAUUUCAUUUUUAGAGUUUUUUUCCCUACAUCAAUUUUCCCUUAAGUUGUAUUUAUAGAUAGUUACUCUACAUGCUAGGAACAGUUGUGGUUGCUCAUAUACUGAAUGUGUCUGAGAGUCAGCUUGUGAGCAUGUUCUGUGCACAGUUCAGCUUCUUUGUCAUACCAGUCACCACCUGUAUGAUGGGAACUUUUACUAGCACACGUUGUGGUUAUCUGUAUUCCAGUCUGUGCUGGAACAAAGUUAUAUGGGAAUUAAGUAUUCCUUGUACAAUGCUGCUGCUUCUCUAUUUAGAAGUUGGUUUUCUCCUACACCAUUGUUCGGUUCUUUAUUUAAGAUGUUUGUUUGUAACUACUUUUGUUUUCAGAUACUUGACCUUUCUAAAAGUAUCUCCUUUUUUCAUGUACUUGCAACAGAGAUUUACUCUUGUAAAAUUUCUCUGCCCUGCUGCUUUAGAAGAUUCCCAAAAGCACUGUUAAUCUACUGCAUUAUGGUGCUGGGUUGCACUAGGGAAUUGUGCUGAUCAUUAAAGUAGUUUAAGCAGAAUAGUGCAAUGAAGUCCUGCUAGACUUGCUGAGUCAUUGGGGAAAAAGGAGAUUUGUUAUGCUUUAAUGCAACAACUGCUCUAGACUGUGCCCAUUGCAGUGACCUUCUGGUGGCUGUUCAAGAUCAUGAAGGGGAGGCUGCACAAGGCAGCAACUCACUUAGAGAGGACCAAAGGAACUCCAGCUUCAUGUGGUUGUGCCCUGGCUGUCAUAGAAUAGUUCAGAUUAAAGCAGUGCUCUGCUAAAGAUGUGUUGUGAGACAUUGUGUGCGUGUGAGAGAGAGAGGGAAGACUUUCUAAAAUUAUGUGGAGCUGUGAAAUUUUUGGAGAGUAUCUGAAAUUAAAACCUUUUUGUGCCAGGGAUCAUUUCUUUGUUAGAAGCCAAAGCACUGUUGUAUGGCUAAAGCAAGGAAAUUACUGGGGAGAAAGAGCAGGUUUUCCCCUUUAACUUCUUACUCGGUAUUACUUUAGAAGAACUUAUAGGAAAACACUAAAGAAGUAAUUCAAGUGAGUGGUGGUUUUCUUUCCAGAAAACUGUAGUAAAAUGCACCUUCAGCACUUCAUUUGAGACUGUUUUGAAAGGGUAUGGGAGAUGCUCUGUAUCCAGAGUCCAUUGUCAUUUUUCCUGUUUCUGAGAUAACUCUCCCUAUUUCAAUUGCAGAAUCAGACUUGGCAACGAAUUUGGCAUUGUUUACAUAAGCCAAAUCCUUUCAAGUUCUGUUGGAGUAACUGUGGGUACAGGAAGGAGGUUUUCAAAAACUGGUAUUUACGCUAUUCUUACAUACCCAGAUAUUUUUCCUGUGAUAUUGUUUAAUUUUCUCCUAAAUUGUUAUGAAAGAGAAAAUUUGACCAGUGUGCAAAGUACACCAAUGCUUCUUACCACAGUCUGAACUAGUGUUUACAGUUAACUCUCAAAUAGUGUCAUGCCUUGGGAUUUCAUUAACUAAAAACCAUAUUUUAAUUUAACUUGGAGAUUAUUUUUUCUAAGCUGUUUUCAACCCAUUUCUCUUGCUGUUUUGUUUGAAUAAACUUCACUACAUCACUACAUUCACAGUGGAAGUAGAAAAGCUAAGAAUGGGAAAUGUGUACUUAAAUAAGUAUUUCACUAUGAACACAGUGAGAAACUAAUUUCUGUGGUUAUUUUUAGAGAUUAUAUUUAAGCAAUUUUUUUGCCAUGCAAAAUAGGUUUCUAUUUUGGAAGUGCUACAGUGUUAUGGUAGCUUGGUUGAGUCACUGUUGCAUCAAAUUCAAUACACAGUAAGAUGGCAAAAGCAGUGAAGCAGGUGAGGAACUAGUUUUGCCAGCAAGACUCCUCUUAUUUCCAUGAUUGGAGAGCAGACAGUAUUUGAAGCAUAUUCCAAUAUGGGUUGUAAACAGCUUGGGAGUAGGUGGCAUAAAUUCACCUCUGAGUUAAAGUAUUGAAAUCCAAGGGUUAAACAGAAGAAAUCUUUUUAGGAAGCUAGCCUGGCUUUCCUUUUAUUACUGCUAAAGUAGUUAUUUGCAUCACUACUGCCACUGUACAAAACAAGAAAUGUACACAGGAAGGCCCCACAGCACACAGUGAUCCUGGCCCUAAAGGAGACAUCACCCAUUAAUUACUGCAAGACUUCCACAUACACAGUGAUUACAAGGGUCUUCUAAGAAAUCCAUAAUUGAGUGCAAGCCAGUCAUACCAACUACUUUCUGUAAUAUUUGCUUUACAAACACAGCCAGUGUUGAAAUUGGUGAAAACUUUCCUAGGAUUGGCAGAGAGGCAGCCUAAGGCUUGACACUGGUGAGAAACAGCUUGUGCAUUGGAUCUGUGGUACCAGUACUGGGGAGAGCAGUUCCAGCUAGGAAAGACUUCGAUCUGUAGUCUUUCUCUGAGCCAAAUGACAACAUUUCAUCCAUAGUCACCCCACCCAUUUCCUUUUGCUUAUGCCAGUAAUAACUUUUGCAUUACUGUAAAACUUUUUUUAGGAGUUUGUAAAUAUGUAAAAUGAAAAUAUGGAAAAAUUGUGUACCAAAAUGGUAUAAAAAUGUGUAAGAUAAAUGCUCUGUUUAAUGAGAAGCUGUAAUUAAAUGCUGCUUUGAGAAAGUGUGCAUGAGGACAUGUUAAAUAUUGUGUGUAAGUUGUGCUAAUAACAGCAAAUUAUCCAUUUAUGUUGUAAAACUUUAUGCUAAUGUGGAAUAUGAAGGAAAACUGAAUAUUUUACUUCAAGAAAGUUUCUUUGAAGACUUUAUGUGCAUAAUCAUUGUUAAAUAUGUUCAUAAUAAAGUUUUAUAUCUUUA